AUGCGUGGAGACUCUCGUAUACGCUGGGUAUACUUUAUGCUAGGAGCCGCUACUCUGCUAUCAUGGAACGCAAUGAUCAAUGCGAAUCCAUUCUUCAUGUCGCGACUGUCGGGUUCACCACUGAGAACGUCAUUUAGUUCAUACUUGUCCAGCGUGUUUACCGCCAGCAACGUGGUCACAUUGGGAUAUGCGAUUAUGACCUCGAAACAGUCUUCCCCUUCCAGGCGCGCCUUCUGGUCCACUGCGUCCACCUCAGCCAUCGUCACUAUACUGUUUUUGACAACAUUCCUCCCCCUUAGCCCAGCUCCAUUCUUCUACUUCAUCAUGAUAAGCGCGUUCUGCUUGUCGGGCUGCGCGUCUUAUCUAUCGAACUCAGUAUUCGCCGGCGCGGCACUCUUUGGCGCACCUUACAUGCAAUCAAUGAUGUCUGGCCAGGCUGCAGUAGCCUCAUCAGUUUCCGCCAUCUCAAUUUGGGGAACCACUCCAGUGGCUCUGGCCAUUGGUGAUACCGACCCUGAUGGUCAAGCCGAGGAGAAAUCUGCGCGUAUAUUCUUUGGAAUUUCCGCGUUGUUUAUGAUUGCUACGCUUCUCGCAUAUAAGGAACCAAAUUUUCCGUGUUCUCAAGACCAAUUUAUUUAUAAUUUUGCUGUGGGAUUUGUUUUCACUGUAACUUUGGCUGUUUACCCAGCCAUCACUGUCACCAUCAAGCCGACGAAUCCGAAGACUCAUCCUUUAUUGUUUAGUGCUGUACACUUUUUGGUCUCUGACUUGGUCUAUAUGCUACUCUUGUGCGCUCUGGGCGUGUCGAACGGUUAUGUGUCUACUUUGUGCAUGUUAGGCGCGCCCUCGUUGGAACACAACUCGAGAUUGAAGGGCAGGCAGGAAGAUGUCGAUGUUGCUAGCACCGUCGCAGCUUUCUGUCUGAUAGUGGGAUUAGCAGUUGGCGGAUUUGCGAGCUUUGGAGUAAGGGCUAUCAUAUGCAACUGCGACCCGUUCACGUCCUAG